ACACCUCCGUGUGGGCGUGACCGACCGGCUUACCUCCAUAACAGCCACUAAGCAACCACCAAACCAGCAGGUCGGGCAGCACCGAGUGCAAGUCAUCCUGACUACAUCAUUUUUUCCAACACUUGCUGGGGCUGUACUGUAGUUUGCUAGCUAGCUCUGUUAGCCAGCUGGUACAGUAAUUAGCAGCGGGUGACGGAGUAAACGCACACCUCCGUGGUUGGCAACUUGUGUUAGCUCGCCGCCGAGAACCACAUGGAUCCUCAAAACACCAACACGACCAGUGAAGCGAAGAUGUUGUUGAACCACGCGAAGACUCUCAGGCUGCACACCGGGAAUUUAGUCAACCGAAGUCGUCUGAAAAAGAAAUGUCCGGGCUCUCCCAGCGAGGAGCUUCAAGACUGCAUUCAAGCCACACUGAGCGAUUGGUUCUCCGCCACAAAACCGCCAUCCGAGGACUUCCCUGACACACUGGACUGCUCCAUCCCUCAGGCAACAGAUGCCAUAACACCAGAGGAGAGGGAGGAACUGAGGGUUUCAGUCAAGCUGUUCCUGUGUGAGUCGGUUGAGUCCUCCAUCAGAGACGCCGUGGAGAUGGUCUGCCAGACGCUGGCAGUUUCCCAGCUCGACUCUGUCAUCAUAGCGCCACCCUGGCCUCUGGAGGGUGACAGCCAAAGUUUGGCUCACCUUCAGCCAGCCUGGGAGGAGCUGGAGGCUCUGGUCAGGAGCCAGCGGAUUGCCGCCAUCGGCACCUCUGAUCUGGACAAAGAUCUGCUGGAAGAGCUGUACAACUGGUCUCAGGUGAAGCCCAGCAGUAACCAGGUCAACCUGGCCUCCUGCUGUGUGAUGCCUCCCGACCUGACAGCUUUCGCUAAGGAGUUUGACAUCCAGCUGCUCACACACAACGAUCCCAAAGAGCUGAUAUCAGCAGCCACAUUCCAGGAGGCUGUGCAGGAGGGAACGCAGGACCUGAACAUCGCUGACUGGAGGCUGGAGUGGGUCCUGCGCUACUCCAUCAUCGUUAAGAGCAGGGGCAUUAUCAAGGCUAAGGGCUACCUUGUCAGUGCGAGGAAGGCAACCCCCUAGCACACCCAGCUACAGAAGAAGACAUAUGGACAAAGCCAUUUUCCUCCUUUUUACAUUCUCACACACACACACACACAACAUGCAAAGUAACAGCUCCGAUUAAAGGAUGCUGCCAAUCACCAUGAGUCUUGACGUCAUUGUUUUAUCUUACAGAUAAGGUUGCAUCAUGUUUGAUUUCUUCAGUUUAACUUAUGCAGAUGUUCAUGACCCUCAUCUCAGUGAGAUAAAAAAAAGUGUCAGUUUAAGAGAAAAGACUGUAAAAGUGAUCAUUUUGCAGAUGACUGGUACAAGAACAGACCAGCCAUUUAUCGACACAGUACAGGCUGCUUUAAUGAUGGAAAAUGUCCGUUGCAAUCCAAGGUGAAGGUCCCUUGACCUUGUUCUGACUCAAAGUGCCUCUCAUCUUUUUCUCCUCCUGUUUUCAUACCUGUUUGUCUCCACUGUGUCGGUGUGACUCAAGCUUUAAAUAUUUCAGUCUGGGUGAUUAUGAGUAGAUAAGGCACAAAGAAAAGGUAGAGAUUUGUUGUGUUUUCAUACAGAAUGAUUCCAAACAUUGUGAAAGGGUAGAUGGGUAAAAAUCACAAAAAGUCAGGUUUUAUUCUUGCAGUUGAUUUUACCUGCAGAAUAUAAACCAUUUGCAUUCCUCAAUUGAUAAAAAAAUGAUGCUCUAAUUCAAAUUAAACUUCAUAUGAGAUGUUUAUUUUAUGAUGCUGAUCGACUUUAACAGGUAAAGCAGACAACUAUAUAUAAAAUAUUAUUUUAUCAUGCAUUCUUUUCUAACCGUAUGCUGUUUUUGAUGAUGCAUUGAAAUACUCACCCAUUCUGUGCUCAUGAGAUUAAUUUGAGAACUGAGGGUACAGCGAUAUUUUGAGAUUGACAUGCAUAGCAGACUUCUGUCCUCUGCGUGCAUUGUUGUUGUUAAAGCACUGGAAACUCCAUGCCAAGGAGAUGUCAAAGUUCUUUACUCUGUGGAAGGAGUUUUUAUUUAAAAAAACAGUUGUUUUUCCAAACAGGAUCCAGUUAAUCUCAUGAAGACAAAUUAUCUGUUGUACUGUUAACAUAUUUAAUGUUGUCAUAUAUCUGUAUAUCAUGAAUUGGCUUUAUUAAAAUUAUGAAACUGA